CAACAAAGUUCCACGACUCUCUCGGAUACUGAUGUUGUACGUUUCAAGUGACGCUAGGAGCUGAGAUCUUCUAGAAUAUCGAUACAGCUUCCAAAAUCGGCACUAAAGCUCGCUCCUUGUGGAGAUCACGUCACCGGUCAAUUGGAUACCAGCAGGUUCCCCUCAACCUGGUCGAACCUGUUGCAUUGGGUCCACACGUAUCAAACGAUUGAACAUGCCAUGCUCAGCUAAAGAAUCCCACCGCUGACUCAGGCAUGAGCCAUACAAUCUCCCCCAUCAACGACCAUUUGGUGGCUCGAGUUUCCUCCGCUGGUGCCAGCACUGGUCAUGAGUAUCCACCGCGCAAGAUAAAGCGAAGGAAGAUCGCCGAGGAGGAUCGAAAGAGAGCUGUCAGAGCCUGUGAUGGCUGUCGCCGAGUCAAGGAGAAAUGCGAGGGUGGCACCCCGUGUCGAAGAUGUUCCCAUUUUCGACGACCUUGUGAGUUCAAGGGCUUGAGAACAUCUCCACCACACCGUCGCUCAAUUAAUGGAUCCUCUCACGAGUAUGGGUUUCCCCUCUUGUUCUUGUCUUGCUGUGCAUAUCUCAACUCGUGACUAGGCCCGAAGCACCCCUUGACCAGGAAGGUGACCUUCUUGGUAGAGCGGGCUACAUGGAACAGAUCUUACGAAGCAAGUUUCCCGAAUUAGAUCUUGACAUCGACUCUCUCCAACGAGCUGCCGAGUCUUUGGGCAAUAACUCCAGUACUAAGACCGCCGAUUCCGAGCCGGAUGGUGAUGGUCAACCAGUCCUGGCCGACGACGACCUAGAGAUAAGGCCUGUCGAAGGCGGCAACAUAAUUCAUUACUCUGGCGAAUUUUCGUACUGGAAUUUCUCCCAAAGGAUCAAACGACACGUCGAAGAGUGGAUGGGGUCUACAAAUCCAGAUGCUCCGAAUCCUGAGCGCGUGUCGGAAUUCUGGCGCCCUGAAACUCAGUUGUCCAACUCGCACAGCCUGUCAUCCUCACUAGCAUGUUGUCCGCCUCGUGACAUCGCUGACUUUCUCACACACGUCUUCUUCCGUCAUGCGGAGUCGAAUUAUUACUUCGUGGAUCGAGCAUGGUUAUCAGCUGUGCUAGAUACUCUGUACAACAAUCCUUCAAAGCUGACCGUCAAGGACGCCCCUAAAGUCAGUGCGGCUCUUGCGAUAUUUGCUGUAGGCACUCAAUACGCAUAUCUUGAUUCGAUCAAUACUUCUGGAGCAUCUCAUACGGCGACAAACUUUUCAGAGGAUGAAAUUGGUACCCUUUUCUUUGAACAAGCAGCCAAGCUGCUGCCGGAGAUAAUACAGGUUGCCUCGCUCGAAAGCGUUCAAGCAUGCCUUCUCAUGGGACUUUAUUGUCUCCCUCUCGAUGCAUCGGGGCUUGCAUACACCUAUCUGAACCUGGCAAUGAAGCUUGGCAUGGUCAAUGGCCUCCACCGAAAGUACACUGGGAAUGCCUUCAGCGCUGCCACGGUGGAGACAAGAAACCGCGUGUGGUGGACAAUCUAUGUCUUGUUAAAGAAAGUGGAUAUCUUUCACGGGCGACCCACGUCUGUCCUGAGAUCAGAUGUCGAUGCAGACGUGCCGAAAGACCCAACGACUUCGCAAUCAUCAGCUCCACCUUCCAACAUACCUUACAUGUUGGCCUCAAUUGCAUUAAUGCACAAGCUUGAGGACUUCUUGAACGAAAUGCAGCUCCUGAAGAGAUGUCAACGGUCAGAAUUCCAGACCAUCCUCGCACGGCUUCUUUCAAUGAAGGAAUCAAUGUCGCGGUGGUUCGACAGUCUACCUGGAGGAAUCAAUCAUGAACCGGAUUCAGCUUCGUCGGUUCAUUUCCGGCCUGCUAUGCAUCUGCGUUUGGAACAUUGUCUCGUGCGAAUGUUCGUCGGUCGCCCGUUUCUGUUCAGUCGACACGGUCCUGGAACAACUCCGAUGUCGGCCGUAGAGAGAGCCCCGUCGGCUCCUCUGACUGCAGGAGGAGAAACUGAAAAGAGACCUUCUCGCCGAGGGAUUCUGAUCGAUGACUGUGUACAAGCCGCCAAAGAGGCUAUUGCGACAUGUCGAAGACUUCGAGACAGCGGUGUGGGAUUGGCGCGAGCGUCUUACAUCGAAUACAGCUCCUGUCGUGCCUCGCUGCUUGCUCUGAUUGCAUAUUGCAUCUACAACCAAACGGAUCGAUUCAAAGACUCGCUUCAAGUUGGGCUCUCGAUGAUCAGGGAGAUGUCCGUAUCAGGGGACUCAGCACGAGCUGAAGUAUCACUUAUCGAAUCACUGGAAAGGGCACUAGCCCGUCUGCAAUUCUUCGGAAGCUCGUCAUCCAAGGUCGACACGAGAGAACCAACCACACGCUCUACGGUGUCAGGUUACGAUCGGUUCAAGAACUGGCAAGCGUUGCUAAAGGGUGACAUGGAACCCCCAAUCCAGAACACAACAGCAGCCACAACAAAUACUCCAACAACGAGGAUCUCGACUUUGGACACUGGAGGAAUCCCCAUUCCAUCCCAACGAUACCACGGCUGGUCGAUUGAUAGCAGCAGUGACAGCGGAGCCGCGGGAUUCCCCAACAUGAAUGCACCUACCGAACUCGAUAGCGGGGCAGGCGGAAACCAAAACCCCAAUCCCAACUACUUCCAGACGGCGGCAGACUCGGCAUUCUUUGGUUUAGACAAUAUGCUGAUGCCCUCAGACGGCAGCACACACGCCGAACAGCAGGUGUUGCAGGACUUUUUGGCCAUCCCAGACUUCGAGUUCAGCCAGGGGAUGUUCGAUAAUACCGCAUCUCGUUUCGAGCCCGGUGACUUUGAUCACGGUCAAGGUGCUUAUGGCGCUGGUCAAAAUCAUGUCCCGGGACAUUGGUAGGAGUUGCCAGACUUGCGAAUGAGGAGAGACCGGGAUGAAUGAGAAUGAUUAUGACAUUUCUUACUCUUUGCCAAGGGUGCAACUAUGCACGUUAUGAUUUUCUCAUGAUUGUCUUUCUAAAGAAUUAAUGAAUGAUAGAAGUCGAUACUUUGUUCCAUAUAUAUACUUUCACGUAUAAUCCUAACCCAUUGAUGGAAAUGAACAAGAUUAGUACUGC